GGUUUCUCGAUUGUUCAGAUGAAGAUACUGUCUUAUCUUCUCAAAUCUGUCUCUUGACAUUACCUUCUUUACCUCUGCAACGCCAAGAAGUGGCUCGGAAGACCAAUACAGUCUUGUUUCUGGAAGCUCUUUGAAGCCAAAGAGAAUGUUGAGCCCAAGGAACGCACGUAUUUCGGCAAUGGUGGUUUCGUACCAUUUCUCAUCAGGCUUCGUUUGUUGGCUCUGGCGGGCAUAUCUAUUUGUUUCCAGGACGAUAUGUUCAAUCAGUUCUUCUGGAAACAGCAUCAGGAAGAAAUCCACCGCAAAACAGUCUUCUGGUAGCAUAAAAGUGGCACCGGUCCGCUCGCGAAAUGCAGAAACUGUCACGUCUCCCUCGGUACUUGACCAAAUUUCUCUCGAUUCUCUCUGAAAACUCACAUCUUCGUUCUCAGAAUCGCUUUCCUCGCUCUCAUCGUCUUUAGAAAUAUCAGACUCCCCACUCAUUCUUAGUUAACGGGUACCAUUGAUGUCACACGUAUAUAUAGCUCUACAUUUUGUAUUUAGGCGCAAUUUAUUGAGAGAUGUGUGAUUUUGCGAAGAGUUUGGGUCUAUGGGAGAUUUUGUUUUAAGUUUUCUGUGUAAAAAGUUCGACAUAUUACAAAAUAUUGACCUCUGAACAUGUAACGCUAUACGAAAACCAUAUGUCACAAGAAUAAAAAACAAAGUUUAAACCGAAAACUUGAGAUGUUCUGCCUGUAGUUGCUGCCUAAAUUGUGUCACAAUUUGGAGAUACAUGUUUCAGGACUCACCUAAAUUAAAGUUACGGUUGUCGUUGUUGGUUUCCUCAACACACUGGACCGUGAUCCAAGUGUCACGUGAAUUUGGGUCAUUUACGUUACCAGGCACAAAAAAUCGAAAUAUAAUUUCUUGUAUAUUCGUACAGAAGCCCUGAAACAUAUUUAUAACAACUUUAAGGCUCAAAGACCCAAACCAAUAUUAAGAACUGUUCAUAAAAAUCAAAGUGUUCAAGAAAUCAUCACUUUAUGCCAGCUAAUUGGCAAUAAUUUUACUGCACUGUCGCUUACGUUACUCAAUCUAGGUCACAACUGCCAAGCUUUAAGACCUUAGGAGGUCUUGUUAGCAGUGUCACAUUGCAGAGCGACCUUAGUAAUAUCUUAAAGACAAAUAAUAAUCUAAUUUGGUUGAAACGUAAAGAGACAGUAGCUUGACAAAUGCUAGUGUCACAUUACGUUACCGUAACGUAAAUGACAAUAGAAUUUACGUACUAUCGUCUAAUGGGGCGCACGUGCACACACACACUAGUGAGAUAAGGAUAAUUUGUAUAGGAUUAAAUUGCCAAGAUAUCUAACGUAUUAGUUAAAGCCCAACAAGCUGUAAUACAAGUCUUUCCUUCGAUGACCUUCGCGGUAGAAGUAUCAACUCUAUCUUCACUUUUAAACUCAAUUUGGUUUUAACUUCUCGAAAAGCAGAAUUAAGCAUUCAAAAUGGGGAAAUCAAGAGCAGAGAUUCAACGCGCCUACAGAGAACGAAAAAAAGGGAAAGAUUCAAAUUGGCAACAAAAUGAGUCAAUCCGAGUGCAAAAAUACUACACACCAGCAUCCAAACUUAGUGAAAAAGAGCUGGCGGAAAAAAGAGCGAAGAACGCGGAGGCUCAGCGCAAAAGUAGAGAAAAAAAGAAAAUGUCCAAGAUGGUAGAAAACACCGACAGGCCCGCGCUUAAAGUAAAAAUAACAGCCACUCCAAGCAUGAGAAAGUAAAAUGAAAAAAAUAAAACAAUAAAACGCUUAAAACAACAAAUUGCCAGCCUUGAAAAAAGCAAUGUUAAAAUGAGGAAGCAGAAAGAAAGGCUUUUCAAAAAACUAACGCCCCCUGCUGCCACCCCGUUAGCCGAAAUGACACCUCGUACCCGCACAAAAGCCCAAAUAGAAGCAUCCGGUAUAAAGGAAAAGCAGUUUCCCAACCAACUGAAAAAGUGCCUUUUGUUUGGGAAUAUUCUAGUCGACGAAGUCAAGGAUUCCUUGAAAACCAAUAAAUCUACCUCCGGAGUGAGGGCCAUAAGGAAUAUCAUUACCGGGAAAAUUAUAAAAAAGUAUCAUGGACUGAGGCAAUUGAGCAGAGAAAUUGGAGUGUCGCGAAGAUUUAUUAAAAAUGCUAAGACCAAGAAAGUUAGCUAUACAAGAAAGGGUCGUUUGGUGGAAAUCCGCAAGAGACUCCAAGAAGAUAUAAUCAGUUUUCUCGAAAGAGACGACAAUAGUCGUAUGAUGCCAGGAAAACAAGAUGCUAAAAAGUGUGGUGAUAGAAAGAUACAGAAGCGAAUUUUGAGCGACUACCUUUACAACCUGCGCAUGAAGUACCUGGCUGAAAACCCAAACGCUAAAAUCUCGCAGGCGGUUUUCUACAAGAUGAGCCCCCCUUAUAUGAUGCUAGCAAGCUUUGCCUGUCGUGAUACCUGUUUAUGCCAGCAUCACCAGAACAUGGCGCUUCUGCUGCGAAGCAUGAAAAGAAGGCUUCUAAUCAGCACUGGUAAUCCAGAUUCCUUCAUUAAGGAUAACACAGACGAGCAGGUCCUGGAGAUCCUGAAGAAGAUUGGGGAUGGAGAAAAAAUAACAUAUGAACAGUGGAAGCGAGUUCAGGACGAGGACGGCAAGCACAGGACCAAGCUUAUCAAUACAAAAGCAUCGAAAGAAGAUUUUAUAGACAAGGUGACAGCGGCGACAUUGAAGUUCCGUGAGCACAACAGACGCCACUAUGAGCAAUACCAACAACUCCGGCGUCUGAAAAGCAACCUCCAAGCUGGGCAUGUUGUAAUUCAAAUGGACUUUGCCGAGAAUUACAACUGCCAGUCUUGCGAGGAGGUGCAAAGUGCUCACUGGAAUGGCCCCACUAUGGUCUCCCUACAUCCAGUAGUGGUAUAUUACUAGGCAGAAGGCAAAGACGACCUCGAGCACAAGAGCUUUGCCUUUGUUUCGGAAGAGCUCUCGCAUAAUGCAGCUGCCGUGUAUGUCAUCUUGGGGAGACUGAAUCAAGAGCUGAAGGAUCUUGUCCCUGACCUGGCCUUUGUACACUAUUGGACAGAGAGUCCCA